UUCUAUUUCAUUUCCCUGCAGACAGAAUCGUUGGGUCUGCCAUUCUCCAUGUAGAUAAAUUUACAAUUUCUACAAUUUGCAAAUCAUAUCUCCACUAUGGAUCAAGCUCCAAGAGGCACCGGGCAACAACAAAGCAGGCAGCAGCCUAUAUACGAUAUCAGAAAUGGUGGACAUUAUGGUGCAAGUGCUGCGGUAUACCUGCCGGUCAUUUCUGUACUUAAAUUGAUGUUAUGGAUUUUCAUAUCGCUAACAAUUCAACGCGAACUAGCUUUCAGCUCAAGGAUAUGCGCCCGUUGCUGAGUUGUAUACAGGCACUUGGGCAAAUGUCAAUCAAGGCCUCCAAGGGACUGCCCGUGAUAUAUUGACAACCUACUGGCAACACGUUAUCAACCACCUCGAAUCAGAUAAUCAUGACUAUAAAAUCCACCAGCUACCGUUAGCACGAAUAAAAAAGGUCAUGAAAGCUGACCCCGAAGUGAAAAUGAUUUCGGCCGAGGCUCCUAUCUUGUUUGCCAAAGGCUGCGAUAUCUUCAUCACCGAGUUAACAAUGCGAGCAUGGAUCCAUGCUGAAGAUAACAAACGGCGGACUCUCCAGCGGUCUGAUAUUGCGGCAGCUCUAUCCAAGUCUGAUAUGUUUGACUUCCUUAUUGAUAUAGUACCUCGGGAGGAGGCUUCAUCUCAUGCCAAACGCUCCAGCCAAACAGCUGGCACUACCACCGCCUCCCCUGCAAGCCAGCUUCCCCCUUCACACGGAGUUCAGCACCAUCAACACCAUAUUCCUCCACCAGAGUACGGCUCCUUAGGACAUGGCAUUCCUCAAGGUCAAGACUAUCGACAACCAACCAUGUACGCUGGAGCAGUGCAGCCAGACCCAGCAACAGCGUAUGGCCAACCUCAACCCCCGAUGUUCGAGGGCAUGUACGCACCCUACGCCCAUUUACCACCACAACAGUGAAAAUGAGGCCCAGCGAUAAACCACGAGUUCGAA